CAGCCAAUACCCUUGAAUUUUGCAGAAAACAAAGAAGUUUAAAACUUUUGUUAAAAUUAGCAGUGCAUUCUGAAUUGAAAUUCAGAAUACUUGAAAUAAAAUAUUUCUGAAGAACUGGGUCAAUACUGUGGUUGGUUUGGUUGACAAGUGGUAGUGCUGGUGAUGCUGUGCAGCGCUUCAGUGUCUUGUUGCUUCCAGGCUGUUCCAUGUUAUGAAGGAGGUCCCCUGUGCUGAGCGAUGGUGGAGGGUGGCGGUGAAGGUGGCGGUGGGGUUGUAGCGGCGGUGGAGGUGGCGGAGGGUAGUCCUGGGACGGUGGGGCGCGGCACGGGCGGCCGUCGGUACGGCGUGCGGGCGGCGGAGGUGGCCGUACACCGCGCCCUGACCGUCAUCAGGGUCGAAGUGCUGCUGCUCGACGACUCUCCGCACGUCUUCGAGAUACAGAAGCAGGCUAAGGGCCAGGCGCUGCUGGACCUCGUCUUCUCGCACCUCGAGCUGCUCGAGCGCGACUACUUCGGCCUCCAGUACCGGGACUCUAGGGCACCUCCGCCCAACCAUAGAUGGCUGGACCCGCUUAAAUCAGUGAAGAAACAACUCCGCAUUCACAGUCGGACCAUCGACACGUGCGAGUUACCAGUGCUGUACCUACGUGUAAAGUUCUGGGUGAGCGACCCAGGCCGCCUGACAGACGAGUACACGCGCUACCACGUGACACUACAGCUGCGACGCAUGCUGGUAGAUGGUUCUCUACCUGCACCUGAUACCACCGCCGCCCUGCUGGCUUCAUACGCACUACAGUCUGAUUUAGGAGACUACAGCGCCACGGAGCACGGCACGGAGUACGUGAAGGAGGCAGAGCUGCUGCCGCCCGUGUCUCCUCAAAUGCUGCCUAAAGUCGUCGAGCUUCAUAAGCUGCACAAAGGCCAGUCUCCCGCUGAAGCCGAGUUUCAGUUCCUGCGGCACGCCAAGCGCCUCGAGCUGUACGGUGUGGACCUGCACGCUGCUAAGGACUCAAGCGACCGGGACCUGAACCUGGGGGUGACAUCGAACGGCGUCGUGGUCAUCAUGAACGGCGUACGCAUGAACACCUUCUCGUGGGCCAAAAUUAUCAAGAUCUCCUUCAAGCGGCGGCAGUUUAUGAUGCAACUGCGCCGAGAAAUGGUUCAGGACGGCAGUGACAGCGAGCUGUCCCACGAGAUCGCGUUCAUGAAGCCCGCUUCAUUCUUGCAGAACCUGAGGAAGAAAAUGUGGGGCAAGUGCGAGACGUACGAGAGUGUGCUGGUGUUCACGCUGCCAUCAUACCGAGCGUGCAAGUGUCUGUGGAAGUCUUGCGUGGAGCACCACACUUUCUUCCGUCUUCAUACGCCCCGCCCGCCACCUAAAAGGCCACUGUUGGGUCUGGGCAGCAAGUUUUGGUACAGCGGCCGUACGCAGCACCAGACGCUGCUGGAGGCCAAGAAAACGCUCGCCUCGUCUCCAAGUGUGCGAACAUUUGUCAGGUCGCCAUCGAAGCAAGCUAGUCUAGCAGCGCUGAGCACCAACGGCGCGGCGGUCGCUGGGGGCCGCGGCAGCAACAGCAGCCAUGCCGGCAAACGCUCCCACACAGCCUCUGCAGGUCCCGGCACGCGCAGUCGCAGCGACAGUUGCGGCUACCGCGUCACGUCGCUGCCCGCCACACCCAAGCUCGCCUGGACCGAGGGCGGCAACCACCAACUCAACAUGGACGGCUCGAUGGACGACACCACGGAGGACGUGAGCUCGUCUAUGGUCGCCAGCGUCGCUGAUCGUCCCUCGACGCCCGCCCGUCUACCGUCCGUCCUGUCAUUGCUGCCGUCCACCGUCCCCUCGCCCCUGCACUCGUCCUCCGUGGCGUCCAAGGAGUCCUCCGUCGCCCUGCCGUCCGUCCUCUGCUCUUCCAACGGAAGCUCGUACCCCGCUGGCGCCUCGUCGUCCCUCGCCCCCCUGGCGACACAUGACGGCGACCUGCCGUCCUCCUCGUCGUCGUCCGCGUCGUCCAGCUCGUCUGACACCGACACGCCCGCCGCUGUCGCCCACAUUCAGGGAGGCGCAAGCGAGGAGAGUGAACACGGUCUUAUCACUAUCCGCAUCCAGCCUGACACUGUCGGCAAGUUUGCUGGCAAGUUUGGCUUCAACGUAAAGGGCGGGGCAGACCAAGAUGCUCCUGUACUCGUGUCCAAAGUUACCGCUGGCUCCCCCGCCGACACUUGCUUCCCUCGCCUCAACGAGGGAGACCAGGUGCUGCUGAUCAACGGACGCGAGGUGUCCUCCAUGACCCAUGACCAGGUCGUCAACUCUAUCAAGGCGUCCCGCGAGUGUCACUCCGGCGAGCUCGUUCUCACCGUCAAACAAAACGUUUACGAAGGCGACGAAGGCAACCACGAGGAGGAGGAGUUUGUGCCGCAGAGCGUCCUGGAGCUGUCGUCAGGCGCCCUCCCCGCGCACGGCCCUCAGCAACUCAAGGAGUCGCUUCAUCUUCUGGCGCUCGGUCUCGAGUCCGGCGAGUUGAUCCAAAAGUUCGAGACGCUGUAUCGCCGCAUGCCUGGCAUGUCCAUGGACAUAGCGAGACUCUCCUCCAACGAGAACAGGAACAGAUAUCGAGACAUCAGUCCUUAUGACAAAACGCGCGUCAUUCUACUGAGUGACAAUGCUGACGACGAUACCGACGACGGCCCUGCACCGAGCAGCCCUGGCGACAACGACUACAUCAACGCCUCGCACGUCCUCAUGGACAUCCCGGGCUCGAACAUCACCAACAGAUACAUCGCUUGUCAGGGCCCGCUUAUUGCCACGUGCCCUCACUACUGGAUGAUGGUGUGGCAGCAGCAGUGUCGCCUCAUUGUGAUGCUCACCACGUGUGUAGAGCAGGGCAGAACAAAAUGCCAUCAAUAUUGGCCAGAAACUGCCAGCACCACAGAAUAUGGUUCCAUCUCCGUCACGUGCAACCAUCAAACGUCAAAAUCCGGAUAUAUUUUAAGAGAAUUCACUGUCAAACACAAGCCGAGCGGCAAGGAGCGCACCCUGCAGCACCUGCAGUACGUGACAUGGCCGGACCACGGCGUGCCGGAACACUCCACGGACUUCCUUACUUUUGUCAAGGAAGUCCGCAGACUGCGGGCCGAAGACACCCUGAACCAGCCUCAUAUUUGA